AUGUCACUCUGCAUUUCUAGUUUAACUCAGUGGCUAAAGUACAGCAAGAAGGAGUACUGCGAGUUGUGUCAUCAUAAGUACAUGUUUUUGCCAAUUUAUCACCCGGAUAUGCCCAUACGAUUGCCGGUGAACGAACUGACAAUCGGAAUCGUUAGAAACCUGGGUCACACGAUUCGCUGUCUUUUUCACUAUACCUUAGUUGUGAUAGCAUGGCUUGGCGUAGUUCCGUUGACCGCUUGCCGAGUCAAUCGUACACUUUUCAAAGAUUCAAUCAGUUCGUUCAUUUCUCUUCCGUUGGAAAUGCUUUCGACAGAGAGUAUUUUGUCCGAUUGCCUCCAAGGCACAAUCAUAAUCGGAUUAACUCUCUGUGCGUUUGUGUCAAUGGUUUGGCUUAGAGAGCAGAUCGUUCAUGGUGGAAUGCCGCACUGGCUGAAUCUUGAUCAGGUGAUCGACCAGGAAGCUGAUCAGGCAGAGCGUAACCAGGGGGAUGCUCAGUUGGCAAACAACGAUGAAGGGGAACAGAAUCCAGCCGCGAUUGCGGGACCUGCGCGGGUGCCUGAAGAUGAAAACAACUGGCAGCCAUUUGAGUGGGAUCGAGCCGCCGAAGAGCUAACGUGGGAGCGACUAUUUGGCUUGGAUGGAUCACUGGUGUUUUUGGAACAUGUUUUCUGGGUUAUUUCGCUAAAUACCCUUUUCAUUGUAGCUUUUGCUUUCUCUCCAUAUCAUAUCGGAUACGUUUUUGCAUCUUGGAUGAAUAUUCUUUCGUACAUGAAACUGAUUUAUUUCGAAAGGUUGGUCGUCACUUUAGUUGGCUACAUCGCAAUUAGCUUUGCUUUGUAUAUCAUGUACAACCUUUGCAUUUGGUUGAAGUUUUCAAGGGCAUACAAAGUUUUGGGUCUCAGCUACUUGAUAAUCAAGGUUUUUCUGCUGGUUUUGUUCGAGGUCGGUAUAUUUCCGUUGCUUUGCGGAUGGUGGCUGGACAUCUGUUCUCUGCCUCUUUUCGGUUCCUCUCUCAGCGAUCGCUUUCAAAAUUAUCACAGCGCUCCCGGUACUUCUUUGUUCCUUCAUUGGCUUGCUGGAAUGGUCUACGUCUUCUACUUCGCAUCGUUUAUAUUAUUGUUACGAGAAGUGAUGCGUCCUGGGGUGCUGUGGUUUCUGCGAAACAUCAACGAUCCGGACUUCAACCCCGUCCAGGAGAUUGUCGCUUUCCUACUUUUGCUAUCGCUGACUUGUCUAGUCGCCAGUCUGUUCUGCCUGACAGUCCCCGUGACCCUUGGACGUAAAGUGAUUUACUUAAUCACCGGCCAACAGCAGUACCACGAACUGUACACUUUAGCCUGCGGAUUGUACAUCUGCUGGCUGAUCAUGCGACUGAGCAUCUUGCUUUCGGAAUAUUUGCCGCUUGGUCUGGCAACGCUUUGGAAUAACGCGGUGUACUGGACAAAAGUGUGUGUCAAGUGUGUGGCAGCUGGAUUCGCCCUGUUUGGCGUCAUCGCUUUUCUCCUUGGGAUGCUGUUCGAGCUGAUAGUGGUUGUGCCGUUACGAGUGAACCAUUAUGGUUCGCCUCUUUUUUUUCCAUUGCAGGAAUGGGUGCUCGGCAUUUUACACUGCAAAAUUUUGUGCGCGCUGAUUCUGAUUGGACCAGAGUGUUCGCUGAAGCGUGUGUUCGAAAGGGCUUAUCAAGAAGGACUUCGAAACCUAAAUUUGAAGAGCUUCUACUCGGAGCUGGUGAUGCCGAUCGUGAUGGCUUUAGGACUUGCGAUAUCUGUUCCCUACGUGAUAGUGCACAGCGUCUUGCCAGUAUUUGGUGCUUCUCUAGAAGAGCAAGUGAUUUGCCAAAAGCAGAUCUAUCCAUCACUGUUGUUUCUAAUUGUCUUCGGCGUGUUUCUCUACUGGCAAGUGAAUAAACUUCGAAAUCUGUUGAUUCACAUCCGAAAUGAAAGGUACCUGGUUGGUCAGCGACUAGUGAAUUACGAGUACACAAGAACAGAACGAAUCUGCGAUAGCAGCUAA